AUGACGGUUUCACAAAAUUACGAGAACGAUCUUGCAAUGGCCGUAGCCAUAGCCAUGAAAAAGAGCGGCAUCACCUUCGCCCCUAGCCCAAUAUCCGCAGAAAAGGACACAAAGAAAAACAGUAUCAAGGAAGCGGAGGCUAAAAAGAAAAAGAUAGCGAGGCAGAUGCUGCGACUCCAGGAGGAUCUUGUUUCCUCGCAAAAACGGGUUGGUGUUGGUGGGGUGGUCGGUCGCAGCGGACGUCCACGAGCCAAGCGGGUACGGUACGACCCUAGCGCCGAAAAAAAGCGAGUUCGUCCGUCAAAACCUGCUCCGAAAAUGCUAAACCCGACCCGGUCGACGGUUGACGACCGCGUAGAUACGGCAAGAACACGCGCACUGGGUCGAAAACAGGAGACCGAAAAAAGAAACCAGUGCAAUGUGAUCGAGUUCAUGAAGCGGGUUGCUGACCCGACGAAAAACAAGGAAAAACAGUAUGCAAACACGAAAGGGUUGUUGAUCGCGCACGGCAUGGGAUCCGGUAAGACCCUCACGUCCCUUUGGGUCGCAAAGGAGUACAUUGCCAAAAACAGGGUGAAGUUUGUCAACAUCCUCGCUCCAAAUGUAGCGGUUGGCGAGUUCAUUGACUCAUUUGAGAGAGCUGGCAUCACCCCCCAGAUUGCGGGGAAAAUCAGGGUGUUGACGCACGACGAGUUUGCUCUGAACAAGAAGGCGCGCGAGUUUAGCAAAUCUCUUGUGAUUGUAGACGAAGCCCACAUGUUUACCGGCAUCAAGUACGACGCUCUCGCGAAAGCUGAUGUGUCGUACUUGAUGUUGCUUAGUGGAACCCCUGCGCCCAACGCGCCGUCUGAAAUUGUUCCUCUCAUCAACCUGCUCUACAGGAAAAAAAAGGACAAUUGGACAAAGCAAAAAUGGGACAAGAGCACUACCACGUCAAGCGAGAAAAAAAAGUUUUUGAGGGAUAAGGUGUCCAUGUACAACAUCGGCCCCAAGUACAAUUACCUGAGGAAACGUGGGACGGAGUUUCACAGUGCAAACAAGUUCCCUGGAUACAAAGUUUCUAUGAGAAACGUUAAGCUCUCGCCGUCGCAGAACGCCGCAUAUGUGAAGCUCAAUAAGACGGUAAAGAAGGAAUCACCGGGACAGAGAGAAAAGCACCCGUUCUACGCUAGAGAACGAAAAAUUGUCAACACUCAUCCCAAAAGGCAAAAGGGACGUGUGACUCCAAAGGUUGCCAAGGUUGCAAGUGACGUUGUGAGGGAUAUCAAGAAAUCCCACAGUCGAAAGCAGUCGAAGCACGACCCGGACCGUUUAAGCCGGGGAAGGCUCUUGCUGUACGCGUAUCACAAAGACACGAUCGCUGACUUGGAGGGAGAGAUAAGACGUCUGUGCGACGAGAAGAACAUUGUUUCUCCUCAAAUUUCCACGUACAACGGCGAUACUUCAGCGGGGGAGAGAAUGCGUAUCAAGCAAGCCUUCAACAAUGGGGAGAUGGACCUGCUUAUCAUUAGCAAAGCGGGAAGCGUCGGCCUAGAUCUCCAGUGCACGUCAAAAGUUUUCAUGUUUGACCUUUGGUGGAACAUCCCUCAGAUGAACCAGGUCAUCGGGCGCGCGAUCAGGUUCAAAAGUCACCACGAACCAUGUAAACACAAACACGUGGACGUGUAUGUCUACCAGUCCGUGUUCGUGACGAAACAGGACAAGGGCGUGAAAGUGUUUGACGCACAGGUCCUUCUUGACGCAGUGAAGAAGUGGACAAAAGUAUCCCAUAUGAUUGAAAACGUUAUGAAGCCAGCGUCGAUAAAAAACGCUGCGAGUUGCGACAAAUAG